UAUCUGGUUUUUGUUUUUCGCUAAAUCUUAAACCACCUACACUUGUACUACACUAUUAUAUAAAACUCAAUAUAUUGAAUAAAAUGAUUUUCUAUUUAUUAUGCGUUAUUAACUAUGAUAAAAUGGUAUAAUGUAGAUUGUUAAAGUUUAUUAAAUUAGUGAAUUAUGGCUGAUGCUAACACCGAAGUCGCUACUAAUGAGCAAGCUGAUGAUGAUCAGUGGUUAUAUGGUGAUUCUAAUUCUAAUUUAGAACCAUCUCAAAAUUCCGAUAAACUAGUUGAAAAUGUGAAGCCAACAAAGCCUAUUGAAUUAGACAACGACGUUGAAGAUGAAGAAGCACGACUUAUGGAAUUUUUAGCUAAUCCCGUCCCAGAUAGAAUAGAUGUACAAUCUUCAAUUCAAGAAUUAAAUGAUGAAUUUGAUCAUCCAAGAAGUCCAGAAACAUUUUUAAACGGAUCAGAUAUUAAGUCAGAUUCAAUAGUUGAACCCAAUGAUGGAUCUUCUAGUAUUAACAUGAUGGACACUUUAGGGGAAAGUACAACUGUUUCUGAAAAAAUAUCAGAUGAAAAUUAUGAAAAGCAAGAAGCAUUAUCAGAAGAUAGUGAAGAUGAUAGUGAUGAUGAUAUAGUAGUAGCUACUGGAAACUUUACAUUAUCUGCAUUAGAGAAUAAUAUACCAUCACAAAACAAUUUGAGUUCAGGGACAACGGGAAUUAAUUUGAAAAGAAAUAAUUUAUUAACACUUACAAAUAGUGCUGGCUUAUCUGCCGGAAAUAAACAACAAGGUAAAUUCAAUGUUGAAGAUUUCGAAGACGUUGGAUCUAUAAAUGGUGUACCUGCUCACGAAUUUUCUAUUGAGACUACUGAAGAAAAGCCUUGGUUAAAACCUGGAGCUGAUAUAACUGAUUAUUUCAAUUAUGGUUUUAAUGAAAAUACAUGGUUAGCUUAUUGUGAACGACAGAGAAAAAUGAGAUGUAAUGAAUCUUUAGUUGGUAUGGCAACACUAGCUAUGCACAAUCAACUAAUUUCUACUAGUACUGCAAAUAAUAUGAUUCCUACAAUAGAUGUUAAACCUAUUACUAAAUUUCAAACUCCUAAUGCUCCUUCAAAAGAAAACACUAUUGAGGUUAUGACAGCUGAGAGAAGAGAAUACAGUCGUAAACACUUUCCUACCCCAGAUUUAUCUGUACCACCACCAAUAAUACCUACAACGUUUGAUGUACCCCCACCUAUGAUACCUGGUUCUAUACCUCCUCCUGGUUAUGGCCCACCACCACCAAUAAAUUUGAAUUUCGAACCUGAAUACUAUCCCCAUGAACAAGAUUCAUAUUAUAAUACAUUUGAGCCCACACAAGAUAUGCAAUGGAAUCAAAGUUGGAAUUCAAAUAUCAAAAGUAUUGAAAACAUUCCUACUCUUUCAAAUGGUGAUUCCUACAAUAAAUCUAGACCAGAUGCUACAAGGGAAAAAGAAUAUUAUGCAGCACGUGUAAAAAAAGAACCAGAAGAACGUGGUUUUGACCGUGAACGUGAUGCCCGCAACCGUUACCGAGAAAGGGAUCGUGAAAGAGAUCGAGACAGAGAUAGGGAUAGAGAUAGAGAUAGAGAACGUAGUAGGCAUAGGGAUAGUGAUGGAAUUGAUAGUCCUGAAACAAGUUAUAAAGAAGAAAGAGAAUAUAAACACAAGUCACAUCGCCAUCGUUCUCGAAGUCGUAGCCAUGAAAAGCGAUCCAGAAAACAUAAGUCUCGUAGUAGAAGUGGUUCAAGGCAUCGUCAUAAGAAGAAGAAGAAGAAGUCAGAGAAAAGCAAAGAUGAUGAUAACAGUGAAUAAUUAUUACUGUUUAUGUUUUUUACUAAUUUUUUAAUAAUUAAAAAUCAUUACUAUUAUUAUAUAAUAAUAGUAUAUAAUAAUAUACACAUUGUCAUCAAAUUGUGUUAAAGUUCAUAUGCUAUUCAUAGCAUUCAAAUAAUAAAAUUGAAGGCAGAUUUUUUUUCAAAAUCUAUCAUUUACUUUAAAUAAAAUCUAAUAAUUUUUUAUUUA